AUGCCAUCAAGAGAUACCCUCGACGAAUUCCUAGAUGGUGGCAAUCUUGAGAUCUACCGUUACGGUAUGAGCAAAACAUGGGAAAUGUGCAAAAUAUGGUACGCGAAAUAUUUCCUAACCGGCACGUCUACACCGGAGGAGAGCGACCCGCCGGAAACGGUGAUAAAGCGAGCGGAAAGCCAGAUCGGAGAUGUACAAGGUAUUGGUACCGUCUGUAAUGGCGGUUACGACAUGCUUAUUAACAACUGCGAACAUUUCGCGCUCUGGUGCAAGUUGGGAGAACGCGCCCAGAAAGUGCCAACGCAAUUAAACAAGGUUUUUGGAAACGAUUAUAUAAGGUAAAUGUGUAGGGUUUUUAUAACGUUUUCUAAACGUUUGUAAAAAUGUUUUUAUUGUAUUUGUAAACGUUAAACGUUAACGUGAUCAGGUUACGGUCAUCGUGACGUCAUUAUCAACGUCAGCAGGUCAUCGCGCAUGCGCGCCGGCAAGCGGACUGCCGCGUAUUCUUCUCUCAUCGCUAGUAACUUGACCACUGAACUAUAACAAUAU